GCGUCGUAGCUUGUCAGUUGCGCACUGUACUGGCGAGUGUAAGGUUAGACACAUUAGCUCCAGCUCUUGACUGACUGAGUAUACCAACUGUGCCACAAGAUGAAUCUAGCCAAAAAACUCAUUGGAGGCAUUCUUGAUGUGGUCAGCAACAUUGACCCUGCUCAGUUUGUGCCAUCAGAUCCUCCUCCACCGCGCAGACCACUGGCUUAUGCUGAGGCCAAUGAGAGUGAUGAAGAGCAACAGUUCCGCAAAGUAUUCAAGCAGCUGGCUGGCGAUGACUUAGAAGUUAGUCCCAAUGAGCUGAUGAAUAUCCUCAACAGAAUCAUCAAAAAACAAGGAAAUCUGAAAACAGAUGGCUUUAGCAUUGAGUCGUGCAGAAGUAUGGUGGCUGUCAUGGAUAGUGACAGCACAGGUAAACUGGGCUUUCAUGAAUUUAAACACCUUUGGAACAACAUCAAGAAAUGGCAAGGAGUGUAUAAGACUUACGACAGGGAUGGUUCAGGGACUAUCGGGGCAGAUGAGCUUCCAGGUGCCUUCCAAGCUGCAGGUUUCCCUCUGAAUGAUCACCUCUUUCAGAUGCUUAUUCGCAGAUACAGCGAUGAGAAUGGAAACAUGGAUUUUGACAAUUACAUCGGUUGCCUUGUGAGACUUGAUGCCAUGUGCCGUUCCUUCAAGACUCUUGACAAGGACAACGAUGGCACAAUCAAGGUCAACAUUCAAGAGUGGCUGCAGCUGACCAUGUACUCCUGAGUAGUGUGAAUGCCUGCAGUGCUGUUGAUGACUAUCAUCCCAGAGCUUUCAUGCUGUUACUUUCAUGCGUCCAUAGCUUCAUAUCUUGCUUCACAUUAUUGCCCUGUUGCUAAAGAAAGACUGGCAUGAAUUUGGUCUACCACUGGGACUAUGGGGUUACAUCACUUAUCUUUUAGCCUUUUUUUACUUUUUUUAGAACUUGGCUGUGACAUUUUCUAGUAUAUUAUGAGUCACAAAUAUGCAAAACGGUGUUAUGUAUGUGUGCAAACCAUGCUUUUUCUCAGUUGGUGCCAUAUCUGCAUGAAGCAAAUGAGGGAUGUAAAAUAUGCAAAAUCAUUGCCAUGAAAAGCAAGCUCAGUAUGAAAACCUGGUGUCAAACAAAAUUUUAUAUUGAAUUAAAAUAAUUAUAUGAGAAA